AUUUUUUUUUGAAAAAGGAUACAAUUGCAUAUAUUGAAAGGUUUAUAGGCCAAUUAAGACAUUUACAAAGCUAUGAGCAACACUUGCUCUUAUGAACAAAAGAAAACAAACAAAGUUAAAAGAAACUGCCAUCUUAGUCCUCUCAUGAGUGUUGAAACCACUUUGUAGAUAGCACCGCCUUGAUUCUAGCGAGCUGUAGCCUACAUUACAAGUUAAUCCCGGUGUCCUUUUUCCACCAAGGGUAAAGCUUGGGUAAUUGACCAUGGUAGAAACAUCAAAUAACCUAUGGAGCUUGAACAAUAACGUUACAAGUUUAGUUUUUUUUUUUUUUUUUUUUUUUUUUUUUUUUUUUUUUGUUUUUUGUACAACCAAAAUACCAAAUGUCCAAAUAUACAUUGAACCAAGUCCUUAAUACUCAACUUUUGCACUCUCCCUUUUCUAACACAUUGCACCCUCCUUUUAAGGGUGCUUAUUGAGCGAGUCGAUUACGAGUAGAAAGUAACUCGUCUCGUGCUCGUUAACUUUCGAGUCGAGCCAAAUUGCUCACGAAUUGCUUAUUUGAAUCAUCUCGAAACUCAAUAAGUGUACAUGAGCACGAGCCAUAUCGAGUUGAGGUUGACCGAGUUGAGUUCGGGUAGCCUGUAAUGUUGUAACUGUAAGCAGUUAUCCCGUGUACGUGCUAUAUCCCGUGCGUUGGUAAAAUUGUUGCGAUUAUAGCCGGAAGAAGACAUCAUAAUUAGUGAGCUGAUCGCAUAGUUAGAAGCAGAAAUUCGAACCGGCAAGUCUUGCCGGUUUUCGUUGGUUUGAUCAACUCUAUAUUUCUAUCAAACGUAAAACUUUCUCCGGGUUUUGCGAAGUUAUUAUCAAAUAUUGAAUUCAGCUUGAAACGAUUCGAUUCAAUGGUUAGGAAGCGCUUCCCAGAUCUACCAACAGGUAUUCAAUGGGCUAAAGUCUUGAAAAAAGUGGGUUUAGGGAGGGAAGAUUGGUACUUUUGGAAGCAAGUGGGUAAGGCAUUGUUAUGCACCUAUGCAUUGUUUGGGGCAGCUUGGGUUUACAAUGAAACAUCCCCACUUGGGUGGUGGACGUUGAAGCCUCGUCCCAAGGAGGAGAAAGAACUGGCUCACCUCUACGAAAGGCGACAAUUUCCGUACCCGGGUGACAAAGAAGCCAUGGAAGAGUUUGUUGCUAAGGGAGGGAUGAUUGGCACUACCAUUGGCCCCAAAGGGACGGUCGAUACUGAUAAGGAUGCAUUCAACUAUCAGAAGGAGUUGCAGAACAAGAAGUUUGAGCAGGAGGCUCACAAGCUGUGGUUUAGAAUGAGGAAUGAAGUCAUUGCUGAGCUUCAAGAAAAGGGCUUCGAUGUCGAGUGAAAUGACUUGAAUGACGAUGCAAGAAGUAGGCAUUAGACUUUUAUGUAAGGUCCUGGACUUGAGCUUUAAAGAUUUCAGGUACAAACAUAACUAUUGCUUGAGUAGAACUUCAAGGAUGAAAUAAUAUGAAAACUGGACAAAUGAGGUUUGUUGAGUUUAUGUUGUUAUACAUAACUAGUAGAGGUUGAUAGUAAAAUGUUGUAUUUUAGGGGUGGCUCAGCUGGCGUAGAGAAACAUAAGAAGUUGGAUAGUUUAAAUUGUUAGCGUCAGAAAACAUAAGCAGUACUACCUUUUGGGCAAUCUUCGUUUAUUUUGUUAUGUAUAUGCACUUGAAGAUCAAUUGUGAAACUUUAUUAUUUUGUGAAACUUUUGGGAUGAAAUAAGAUAGAUGAACACUGGACAACUUUGUUAUUGUA